AUGCAGCAACCUUCGAUGGCUGAAAAGGCUCAAAAUGAGGCAGAUACCAGUGAUUUGGAUGUGCUCUCUCGCCCCAGCUCAUCAACUCCGCCCCAUAGGCCAAGGCAUAGUGGAGUCCACCGCCAUCACAAGUCCCAUCACCACAGUGUGUCUCAUCACCAUGGUGUGUCCCGCCAACACAGCAUGUCCCAUCGUGGUGAAUCUCACCACCUUGGUGAGUUCCAAAACUUCCCUGACGAUGCUAUCUCCCACCAUUCCCACCUCUCCCCACCACACCGCCACUCCCCACGUCGUGAUGGAGCCCAACAAUCCACAUCCCCUGCCCCGGAUCCUUCCCAUGGCACUGUCCUCUCCCACCGCUCCUAUGAUGAGGACGACUUAGAUGAUGACCGCCGUCAUGGCAACAGGAGACAUCACGAUAGGUCCCACCACCAUAGAGAGUCUUACUACCAUGGUCCUAUGCCCCAGUACCUCAGUGAGUCCUACAACCAUGGGAGGCCCCCCGACCCCAGUGGGUCUCACCACCAGAGUGAGGUUUCCCGCCAUAGUGUGUUCCCUGAGCCUUACCACCAUAAAGAGUCUGACCACGUCAGUGAGGCCCGUCACCAUGAGGGACCCCAUCACUAUGAUGCUUACGACGACAGUGGGCACCAUCACCAUCAAGCCCACCACCACAGAAGGCCUCCUCAUCAUACAAAGACCCAUUCCCACCUCUCCUAUGAAGGGUCCAACCACCAAGGCACAUCUCACGACCCCAACGAGCUCCACUAUGGCCACCCCAGCAAGCACCACCAUAGAGCACGUCACCAUGAUUACCCCCGUAGUGGUCACCACUAUGGGGAGUACCAUCAUGGCGGCUCUCAAGUCUCUGGCCAACACAAAUCCCACAGCAAGGUCAGAGUCGGCUCAGCCUAUUCUCGUGCAGCAGCCCUCCAACCUAGUGUGGCACGCAUACAGAGCAUGGCCAUCGGCAUGACUCGUUCCCACAGUACAGGGCACUCACAGUCCUCUCAGAGAUCCAGCAAAGUCCAUCCUCAGGAUUCCUCCUCUAAAACCUCGGAAAGCUGGGCUGAAAAUGACGAGCAAUUUCAGAAGCACAAAACCGGCAGAGCCCAGCGGGCCCACAAGAAGCCGCACAGUGUUGGCUGCUUCAGUUGGUUGUGGGAAAAAUUAAGCAACCUCCUUCAGGGCUUCCGGGAAAUGAUCAGGAACCUGACUGAGUCCCUGUUCUUCGAAGUCUUCAUUUUUCUCGUCGUCUGCCUCAACACCAUCAUGCUUGUGGCCCAGACCUUCGCUGAAGUCGAGAUCCGCGGAGAGUGGUACUUCAUGAUGCUGGAUUCCAUUUUCCUCUGCAUCUACGUGGUAGAAGCUAUGCUCAAGAUCAUUGCUUUGGGAUUCAAGUAUUUUUCUGACUCCUGGAAUAAUCUGGACUUCUUCAUCGUGGUCAUGGCCGUGCUGGACUUCAUGCUCAUGCAGAUCAACUCCAGCACCUUCAAGCGCACCGUCUACAACCAAAGCGUCGUCCGGAUCUUCAAGGUCUUCAAGAGCCUGCGGGCCCUGAGGGCCAUCCGGGUCCUGCGGAGGCUCAGCAUCCUGACCAGUCUCCAGAAAGUGACUGCGACCCUGGUGCGAUCCUUGCCGUCCAUCACCGCCAUCCUCAUCCUCAUGUUUACCUGCCUUUUCCUCUUCUCUGUGGUGCUCCGGGCACUGUUCCGCCAUUCUGACCCCAAGCGCUUCCAGAACAUCUUCACCACCAUCUUCACCCUCUUCACCUUGCUCACCCUGGACGACUGGUCCCUCAUCUACCUGGACAGCCGAGCCCAGGGCGCCUGGUAUAUCAUCCCCAUUCUCAUGAUUUACAUCAUCAUCCAGUACUUCAUCUUCCUCAACCUGGUGAUUGCCGUCCUAGUGGAUAACUUCCAGAUGGCACUGCUGCAAGGCCUGGAGAAGAUGAAGCAGGAGAAGGCCGCCCAGAUCCAUGAGAAGCUUCUGGAUGAGUCGCUGACAGAGCUCAGCCAAACAGAGCCUGAAGAGGUGAUGAGUGAACACACUAAAUACAAGCGCCUCAUCGAGAAGAAAUUCGGGACUCUUACUGAGAAGCAGCAGGAGCUCCUGUUCCACUUCCUGCAGCUGGUGGCCAGCGUGGAGCAUUAUCAGCAGAAAUUUCGCUCCCAGGCUUCUGUCAUUGAUGAGAUUGUGGACACUGCAUUUGAGGCUGGAGAAGAGGACUUCAGGAGGUGGUGA